UCAACUCGGCCAUGAGCAGCGCAGCCGGCCCAGACCCGACGGAGGCGCCCGAGGAGCGGCGUUUCCUCAGCACCGCGGAGGCAGCCGCCCUGGAGCGGGAGCUGCUGGAGGAUUAUCGCUUUGGGCGGCAGCAGCUCGUGGAGCUGUGCGGUCAUGCUAGUGCCGUGGCUGUGACCAAGGCGUUCCCGUUGCCCGCUCUCUCCCGGAAGCAGAGGACGGUGCUGGUCGUGUGUGGCCCGGAGCAGAACGGGGCAGUGGGGCUGGUCUGUGCCCGUCACCUGCGGGUGUUUGAGUAUGAACCCACCAUCUUCUACCCCAUGCGCUCGCUGGACCUGCUGCAUCGGGACCUGACCACCCAGUGUGAGAAGAUGGACAUCCCCUUCCUGAGCUACCUGCCCACUGAGGUGCAGCUCAUUAACGAAGCCUACGGGCUGGUGGUGGACGCCGUGCUGGGCCCCGGCGUGGAGCCGGGCGAGGUCGGGGGCCCCUGCACCCGCGCACUGGCCACGCUCAAGCUGCUGUCCAUCCCCCUCGUGAGCCUGGACAUCCCCUCAGGCUGGGACGCAGAGACCGGCAGCGAUGCGGACGGGCUGCGGCCUGACGUGCUGGUGUCUCUCGCCGCUCCCAAGCGCUGCGCCGGCCGCUUCUCCGGGCGCCACCACUUCGUGGCCGGCAGGUUUGUGCCCGACGACGUGCGCCGCAAGUUCGCCCUGCGCCUGCCGGGAUACACGGGCACCGACUGCGUCGCGGCACUGUGACCCCACCCGCGCCCACACCGCUGGGACCCGCGCCAAUAAACAGCCCUCCCAACCACC